GAGGCAAGACGUUUGAGGAUCAAAAAAGUCUAGAAACACAACUUUAGAAUACAACUCCGGACACAAAUGUGUUUGGUGCAUAUCAAUGCAUGUGGUUCCAUGUGUAUCGAAUGACUCAGGAUAUAGUCGUGUCCGGGGUUGCAUUUCGAAGUUGUGUUUGUAGCAUUGCUCUUCGAGGAUUAUUACAGUUUUCCUUCCCUUUUCUUCUAUUUGAGCAAUUUAGCUUAACUAGCAGCUUUGGGGGAGAUUUUCUCCAUAUCAAUUUUGUUUACCUAUGUCGUAAUGGGAGUUAGUAUCUGAUCAGUCAUUUCAAUGAUUUCCAACUGGCGUGUCUUGGAAGUUUCUUUCUUCACGAAAGUGUCUUUUUCUUUUCGGGGCUACCAUUCAUCUACUUGGAAAGAGCAGGAUGGCUGAGCAAGUAUAAAAUUCAGGUGAGAAAUAAUUCACCUGAAGCUCAGGAAAGAUGUAUAACUCGCCUACUGCUGUAUCAUUUCUGUGUCAAUCUACCUGUUAUGAUUGUUUCCUAUCCUGUCUUCAGAUUCAUGGGCAUGAGAAGUAGUCUCCCAUUGCCUUCCUGGAAAGUAAUCUCUACACAGAUAUUGUUCUACUUCAUCCUGGAGGAUUUUGUAUUCUAUUGGGGGCACAGGAUGUUGCAUACAAAAUUGCUGUACAAGCAUGUCCACAGUGUGCAUCAUGAGUAUGCAACACCAUUUGGCCUGACGUCUGAAUAUGCACACCCUGCUGAGAUCCUUUUCCUUGGAUUUGCUACGAUUGUUGGUCCUGCCAUCACCGGGCCCCAUUUGAUAACUCUGUGGCUGUGGAUGGUAGUUAGAGUUUUGGAGACAGUGGAGGCGCAUUGUGGUUAUCAUUUCCCGUGGAGCCUUUCAAACUUCUUGCCCUUGUACGGAGGUGCUGAUUUUCAUGACUAUCACCACCGACUGCUCUAUACAAAGUCUGGCAACUACUCCUCAACUUUCAUUUACAUGGACUGGAUAUUUGGUACUGAUAAGGGAUACAGAAAACUGAACGCAAUGAAGAGCAGUGAAGACAACGCCAUGAACAAGAAAAUGUGAAGCUGCAGAUGGAAAGAGAACGUUUUUGCGCCCUUUCAUAUUGUUCGGUUGGGUUCUUAACUGAUAGCAUCUUCGGGGGCUCAUGAGUUACAGUUUUUGUGGAUUAAUCUGUUUGAAGUUGGAUUUUGAUGUUCGAUAAAUCUGUGCAAAGUUUCUUUGGAUGGUUUGCCUCUGGUUACCUUACAUAAAUGAAGCUGCCAUCAUUUCUUUA